AGCAGAGCAGCAGACAGAAGAGGAGCAGUGGCAGGAGAUCAAAGAUGGAUUUAAGUUUCCUUCAAGUCCUGGAGAGGGAGAUGGUCCUGGGGGUCCUGAGGAGAGACAAACAGCUGCGAACCAUCGAGGAGGACAGGAUCAGGAGGAUGAAGCACGACCUGCAGGAGCUGAGGAGGAAGGGAGCCAAGAGCUACGCGCGGGUGUACGGGGAGCGCACCUGUGCGCGCUGCCAGCGGCCGCUGGGCCGGCUCUGGGACUCCGGCUCCGUGUGUCGCGGCUGCAGCCACCGCAUCUGCAGCCGCUGCCGCGUGGGCGCGCAGGACUGGACCUGCACGGUGUGCCAUGUGUACAGGGAGGUGAAGAUCAGGUCAGGAGAUUGGUUUUUAGAAGAAAAGUCAAAGAAAUUUCCUGUCACCACAGGCAAGUAUGAGACAGUCGGGGAGAAUCUGUUAAAGCUCUACAAUGUGUUGAGUCAUAUAUCAGUUGUGCCUCCCACGCCUCCACCCCACGUGGAUUAUCCGUUCAUGAGCAGAUCUGGGGAACUGAAAAACGCCAAACAUUUUACAUCAUCCAUGGAGAACGUGAGCGCUUCAUCCAAAGAUCACAUGAAACAGCUUUCCAGUUCCCAGAAUGACGUGCGAGGAGAACUGCUGAGAGUCAGCAACAGCCCAAAGAGACUGUUUUUCUGCUACAGUCCUCAGAAGAGCCUGUCUGACACGGACAUCAGCAAAUCCAGCACCCUCUUUAAAGUCCCAAGUCUUCCAAACCUCUUCAGGAAAAGCAAAGACAGCGAUCUGGAAGGCUCCUCCACCGGAGCAGAAGAUGAAACCUCAUUCAGUUCUGAGCACUCUGGAGGAAAGAAACGCAGCAACAGCAGCAUCAGCACAGACUGCAGCCUCAUGGAGGGCAUGUGUGUGGCCGGGGAGCUGGAGCUGGCCGUGGCCUACAACUCCAACUCCUCCUCCCUGGAGAUCACGGUCGGCGCCGGCAGAAACCUCACUUAUGGGGACAGCAAGAAGAAGAGGUGUCACCCGUUCGUGAAGCUUUACGUGCUGCCGGACAAAAGCACCAAAAUGAAGACCUCGGUGAAGAAAAACACGACGGAUCCAGUUUAUAAUGAAGUCUUAAAGUAUAACGUGGAGCGCCGCCUGCUGUUCGGAAAGAGAUUGGAAGCCUCCGUGUGGCAUUCAGGAACCCUGAGGAAAAAAGUAUUUCUCGGCGAGGUACUCAUCCCGCUGGACGGAUGGAGACUGGAGGACAAGGCCCCGCAGUCCUUCAACUGGUACCCACUGUGCCCCAAGACUGACCGGCCACACGGGGGCGCUGUGGAGCAGGAUGGCGGAGAACUGCUGGCCAGAGCCAAGUUGGGCUCCAGUCACUAGGGCGUCGGACUCUGGGAACGGACGGAGAGCAGGUGGAGACGACGCCCAGUUCCGACAGCGAGAGCGGAUGCGUCACCGGCCGCUCCAGGACUUCUCUCUGAUCUGCGUUUCCAAAGCUUCUCCUGGGAAGAUGUUGAAUGAACUCUGGUAACAGCAGAGAUGCUCAGUUUAACCGUCCCCGCGGCAACACUUCAUUUUAACCCCACCCAUGAGGCACCGUUAAGUACUGUAUAAACAUAACUUGUGAUUUUAGGAAUGAAUAACAUUUUGCAACUAAUGUAAAGUAUUUGUUGAAGGCAGUAACCUGCUCGCAAUACAACAGAAAUGGCAGAACAUAAAUCAUGUAUAAUAAACAGUACAUGUUUAUUUUACUUACAAUUUAUCUUCAUUAAGUAUUUGGCAUUGAAGGUCAUAGUUAUCCUGGAAAUCAAAUAGAUGCCAGGUCACGACGGGCGUGCUCCGAAUCACCGGUCCACAUUAUUUUCUUGUCUUGACGGAUAGCCUCUUAUUGAAAAUCACAGGCUCACAACCUGAGAAAGCUGAAAAGAUUGAUUUAAGAGACAUUAGCGUCUGUAGUGUUGCUAUUAAAUAACAGACACAUCUUUAAUCCUAAAAAAACUAAUAUUGUAGAUUUCAACUAUUUCUGAAGGUAAAAUGGUACAAUUUGGUUCAUAGUAUCAAACGAGCAUGUGAUUAAAACACAAAACCUACAAGCAUAUACGACUACAAUAUCAAAUUACUUUUAUGUAAAUUUUUUUGUUUUGCAUUCUGCCCUAUCCCUUGUGAUUUAAAUAGUAUUUUUGAACAUUUGGAAAGUCCAAACUCAGCUCCUUAAGCCUGUAACACCUUGUUGGGAGUUCAGGCUUUU